AUGUCGUCUUCUUCCACAGCCGGCUCCUCUACGCUGCCCACCGGCUCCAACGAAAACGAACAUCACACCGCCACAUCAUCACAUCCACAAGAGCCACAAAUCCUCGUUCACGACACCGACGGCGACGACACGCUCAACAGCUCGACCGAUGCCGCUGAAGAGCCUGCUCCAUCCAACGCCUCGACCUCCACCGCCAUUCCUAGCAACACUGCCGGUGCACCUGCCCCCACGACGACUGCCUCGCGUCGUGCUGGUCGCGUACAUUGGGACGGCACCUCCAACGCCGCCAGCAUUCGUCGAGGCGGUCAGCUUCAGAUCCGCUCUGGAGGUGCCUUGGCCGGUCCCACAGUCACCGUGCGAGGCGGCGCCGCUCCCGCUCCAUCCGAAAGGGGAAACGCGCUGAGCCUUGGAUCCGUCCGCCGAAAUCACCACCCGGGGCCGCUCAACAUCGCAGAACGUCUCACGCCACAGAACGAAGAUGGCUCUCUCUUCGCUCCCCCUCGUGCAGAGACCUCGGCCGCCGCAGCGGCCGCUACCAAAGCUCCAGCGGGUCCAGCUGCUCAAAUUCCGUCGCUUUCUUUGACAGGCGCCAAGGGUCUUGAUGAGCAGGGUCUCGACAAUCGCGCUUUCCUCGAGCUUCAGCGCGAACUUCAACGCCACGAGGCCCGCAGCGAAGAUGGCGCCAGUCACCUCAGCUUGCAAGAGGCUGAAGGUUACGAGGAUCGUGCGGGGAGGGACCGUCUCGCCCAAGUCUUUGCCGAUCGUGAACGUGAUCGUGAGGAGAGGAGGCGACGACAGCGCGUCCUGGCCGGCGCGGGUCCAGAGACUCCCGGCGGCUUUGGCGACCUGAGCGGUGUCACCACUCCUGGCUCUGCCACCAGCGAGAGCAGCUACGAUCCUGCCAAUGACUCGGACCUAGAACACAUUGACUUUGUACCAGGUGAAACUGAUGGAAUGCCAACUCGGCUCAAGAAGCGCAAAGACGAACCAGAGGCAGAGCAACAACCAAAAGGCUGGGCCAAGCUUCGUGGUAUCUUUGGCAAGCCUCCUGCCGACGAGGAAGACAAAGAAGAAAAGGGAGAGAUCGAACAGACGGCCGAGAGCAAACAAGGAACAUCGCACGAACAAGGCGGACCUACCAACUGGAAGUCGGUACCCGUCGAGACUUCCAGCGGGCUACACACGAGCGACGGUCCACGACGCAGACCCAGCAAGUUCGAACGCGAAGCCGUUCGGCUCGUCCGUCAGCACAAGCUCAAUCAGCAGCGACAGGAAGCGCUCGAUCGCAUCGGUCGCUCCCACCUUCCCGACACUGGUGCAUCCACUCCAGAUGCAAUGGAAACCACCAUGAACCUCGACGCUCGUCCUGUAAUGUCUGGCGGUGUGCUCGGCAAUCUGCUCCGCCUCUACGAACAGCAGCAGCGCGAAGCAAAGAGCGCAGCCACCAGCUCGAUCGCCAGCACCAGCGAGUACAACCUGGAUACAUCCGGCCGGCCCUUGAUCAGCGAGACUCCCGAACACGUUCAGGCCAAGAUGGAGUCGCCCGGGUUCCAGAGUAAGCUGGACAGGUACGAAAAGCGCCGCGGCAUGUCGUUCCAAUCCAUCAGCUUGCCCAGUCCCAAGUUGACCCAGACCUUCGCCAAAGUCGGCAACGUUGCGUUCAACACCUCCACCAAAGUCGUUCGAGGCGUCGCCAACGAGACUGGUAUCGAAAGCGCGCUCGACGAACGACCCAAAGCAGCGAGGAGCGACGCCGGUGUCUUUGGUGCGCUCGUCGCUACUACGGGCAAUCUGAUCGGCGCCGUGUCACCGCAGCACGCCCAGCUCGGUCCCAACCCCAAGCGUCCCGGCUUCUCGCUCGAUCGCUACCUCUUGCCCGAGAUGACGGCCAAGACGCUCAAGCGUACCGCGCAGAUCGUUGCCGACGCCGCGCCUGCGCCUUACCGACCGAGCAACUUUGGAUCGCCGCUGGCUUCACGAUCGCACUCGUUGCCCACCAGUCCAGACGGCGAGCGUCGCGACAGCUCGACGCAGGCCAACUCGCCUCCCGCCUCUGGCUACGCCACUCCGCACAAGAAGCGUCCGAGCUCCAUCAUGCACUUCCCCUCGCGCACCAUGACAGGCGGCAGCUCCGUCGACGGCAGCGGCCCUCGCAAGCGUCACCCGCAUCUCACGCUGCCCGGCGCGGUGACGCGCGCAUUCACACACUCCAACCUCAAUACACCGGACAUCAACUCGGGCCUCGGUCCCGACUACUUUGGCCCUGAAGCGGAAAAGUUGCAUUCCGACUACCACAAGCAGGAGUGGCAGCGCAAGCUCAAGAAGCGUGCCAAGGAUAAGAAACGCAAGGAAGAGAUCUUCAUCACCAUGCACGUAGCCGCCAUCUUGCAGCGACAGCAGUUCAUCAUGAAGCUCGCGCGUGCCCUAAUGAUGUUUGGCGCACCUACACAUCGUAUCGAGACGCAAAUCCAACAGACAGGUCGGGUGUUGGACAUCAAUUGCCGAUGCAUCUACUUGCCCAACUUGAUGCUGUUGGCGUUCGGCGACGACACUACGCACACCUCCGAGACCAAGUUUAUCAAGCAGACUUCGGGGCUCGACUUGACCAAGCUGACGGAUAUGCACACCAUCUACUGGAACGUCAUCCACGACAAGAUCGGCGUCGAGGAGGCGUCGUCGCAGUUGGACGAGCUGAUGAGGCGCAAGCCGUUGAUCGGACGCUGGCCCAUGGUGUUGAUCGGUGGGUUCGCCUCAUUUUUCAUCUGUCUCGGUCCACAGGGCUUCAACGGCAGCUUUAUCGAUGCGGUCAUGGCAUUCCCGCUGGGAGCGUUCCUGGUGUACUGCCAGUCGAUCAUCACCACCGAGCUGUACAGCAACGUGUUCGAGAUUGUGUUUGCCACGCUCAACUCGUUUGUCGCGGCUGCGGUGCAGAGCACGGGCUACUUUUGCUACGCCGCCGUGACGUCGGGGUCGAUCGUGCUCAUCCUGCCUGGAUUUAUUGUGCUCAGCGGUUCGUUGGAGCUGCAGUCCAAGAACCUGAUCGCAGGAUCGGUGCGGCUGGUGUACGCCAUCAUCUACUCGCUGUUCUUGGGCUUCGGCAUUUCGAUCGGCGUUUCGUUCUGGCAGCUCUUUUCGGGCAACCAGGACUUGGUGGGAUACAAAAACUGCGACUUGGCGCAUGAUUCGAACAGAUGGUGGCAGAGAGACGUCCCGGAGGUGACUGCAGUCCUCACCGCUCCGGCCUACUCGAUGAGCCUGUCUCUGCGCAACCAAGCCAAGGUAACGCGCAAGGAGUUCCCCGUGAUGGUGCUCAUCGCCUGCGGCGGCUGGGCGUGCAACCACUUUGCGGCCAAAGCUACGGCGCUGUCGAGGCGACAGGAUGUCACGGCUGCGUUGGGAUCCCUGGCCGUGGGUUUGAUGGCCAACCUGUACGGAAGGAUGUUCGACGGUCGAAGCUUUGUGGUCUCGGUUCCGGGCAUCCUGUACCAGCUGCCUUCUGGGUUGAGCAAUGGAGGCGGAUUGUUGAAUUUUGCGAACCAGUCGGAUUCGUCGUCGGCGUUUGCGUCAGGCUUCACGGUGGCGCAGAGCUUGGUGGAGGUGGCGUUGGGCUUGACGGUGGGACUGUUUGCAGCCACGGUGCUGUCCUACCUGCUGGGUGGUAGAAAGAUGAGGAACGGUGGUGGAUUGUUCAGCUUCUGA